CCUCCACCACCGAGGAAGCUUUUCACCGACAGGCCGUUGAGGUGGUUCCCGGAGGUAGACAUCGCAAGCAACGGCCUCUCCAUGGAGCGGCGGUACAACAAGCCAAACCUGUACCUCAUCAACCCGCAGAAUGUGUGCCCGCCCACCUCGCGAGUAGACUACCUGUUCGUCGUUUUCUCAGCGGCUGAAUACGCCGAGUCCCGUAGGGUUAUCAGGGACACAUGGGUUAAGGACGCUAGGAGGUCUUCCGGAAACAGAGUGAUUUUCAUCUUCGGCAAGCCCAGUAGCGCUAAGUUACAGAGCGCCUUAGAAUUCGAGUCCGAGCAGUAUGGGGACGUAGUGCAGGAAGACUUCCGGGACAGCUACAGGAACCUGACUUUCAAGACGGUCGCGAUGCUUCGAUGGGCAAACAUUCACUGUCCCCAAGCUCGCUUCGUUGUCAAGAUUGACGACGACUCCUUGCCUAACCUGGCCAACUUGUACAGGGCGAUGCACGGCCAGCCUGAAGACGCUAUCUACGGGGAGCUCAAACGCGGGUAUGUUCCAGAGCGCAGCCCGAACCAUAAGUGGUACAUCCCUUACGAGGAGUACCCGAGAAACGUGGUCCCGGACUUUGUAAUGGGAGGCAUGUACGUCGUCGGUGGUCGCGUGGUGGAUCUGCUGUACAGAGCCACCGGUCAAGUGAAGCCCUUUCGAAUGGAAGACAUGUUCUUAACGGGAAUGUGCGCCGAAAGGGCGGGGGUCACCAGGACGCAUUUAGUUGGCACUCGUAUUGAGAAGUUGUCGUCUCCCUGCGACUACAAGAAGUCCAUUUACGGCCACCACGUGUGUGCCAGAGAAAUGAAGGAGCUGUGGCACGCCUUGAAGCGCAUCGAGUAUAAAUGCAUCCGCCUGUUUUUCAGUGUUCAUUUCUGCCGCUGCUACUCUACGUACACGCCAGGAGUGAAGAUUGGGACCCCAGUGUUUUAGCACACAACAUUGCCCUUAUGGAUAAAGCAUACGUCACCACUUGUAAAGACCACUUUGCUGAUAUCUGCUAACUAAAAAGGACAAUGUGACAUACAGCGACGUUAAUUGUAAUCUUCACUGGCAAUAUAAUGCAUCAAUGAUUGUU